AUUUAGGUUAUUUAACGUUGUAUAUAAUAUAAUAUAAUAUAAUACUACGUACGUAUAAUAUAAUGGUGGCUAAUUCCAAAAGAAAGUCAUCAUUUCUACUAUUCUUCAUAUUCUUUUCGAGUUGUAUAAUCUUUUCAUGUAGUGCUGAUGACGGCAACAAAGAGAAGGCGUCUCCCCAAGAAAUAUUAGGCGAGACGUAUACCCUCUUUACCAAAGUUUCUUUGCGAUACUGGGAUCAUGUCAAAUCACUCAUCAACCAAGCUCAACUCAAAUUCACCCCUCCAGAUUUAGAUUUUAGGAGGAAGGGUGACGUAAAAAUGGGGGGAAAGGAGCAUGAAGGAGGAGCUAAAGAAAGGGUGAAAGAAGCAGCUGAGAAGAGCUUUGGGAAGAGCAAAGAGGCGGUAGAGGAGUCGGCCAAAACGGCGGCGCACGUGGUGGGAGAGGCGGUGCACGAAACAAAAGAGAAGGUCAUCAAGGGAAACAUGCAUGUUGGAGGAAAAUAUGCUGAUGGUGAUUCCCAUGAAGAGCUCUAGCUGCCUCAUUUAAUAACAUCAUGGAAAUAUUAAGAUAGAAACUAAGCAAAAUUAUUGAUCAGCUGGCAUAUUAUAAUCUACUCUAUUCUAUGAUGAAGAACAUGUGUAUAUAUGUUAUGUGCUGAUGUGACCUUUAAUUUUGAUUCCAAAGUUUGAGUUUUGCUAAAUUGGCAGUUCAGACUCAAGAAAUAGGGCCAAUUAGAAGC